AUUUCUGGAUCUUUCAGAAGUGGUUUCUCCCACAGCAAAGAUGGCGACGCCCUUGUAGUGUUUAGACCGAAAAUUUGCACUUUCCUGAAGUUUUCUUCGUCCUCUUCUCAAUACUGAAGCGUUUUCGUACAUCACAGGCCCGGAAGUCGCUGCGGUAUUUUCUUGACUGAAGAUGGCAGACAUCCCGCCGUGGCUGGAAGACAUCCUGAAAUGGGCGGCGACGAACCCCUGGGAGUUCAUCUACUACGUCCUGCUGUGCCUCUCCCCGUUCUUCUUCAUCAGUGCCCUGUUGUCAUGGAAACUGGCGCAGCAGAUCGACGCCCGAGACAAGGAGAAGAAGAGGAAAGCCAAGAGGGAGGCCAACAUCGCCAAGGCACGGGGACGGGCGAAACAGGACUGACACUAGUGGCAGUAGUUUGUAGUGAAACUCUGGACUGUUGCUUGUGAUAGUCAGCCACUAUGCUAGUACCAUCCUGGAUAGUUAAAAUCUGUUUCAAUAGUUACUAACUAGUGUGGCAACCAGGCUAGUUACCGGGUACCUUUCUAUUUGUGUAGCAUUUAUUGGGAUGUAAGCAGGGUGUGCUUUUUGAUUUCUCGUCUAGUGUACCAUUUUAGUUCCACCCCUUGGUAAGGAUGUCAUCAUUGGUAGAGUAUAGCUUCAAAUGAAAGCUGUCAAUCAAUAAGAAGUUAACCUUUUUGCUGCUUGGUGACUUUUUAACACGAAAUCUGCAUUGUCUUAUAAUGGGAUAGGCAGCAGGCAGAAGAACAUGUGUGUGUGUACAUUAAUUUUGUGUCUUGAUGUACAUGAUUUUUACUAAGCCAUCAAUUGAUGUAAUGUUUUCCUAACUGCAAAUGUCAUGUGUUACCUACCCUACAUUCAGCAACAAAAAGGCAAGACAAUGGAUGUGUUACUGAUUAACUGGAUUAUUUUGAUGAAAAUAAUACAGAAUUAUGAUACUUCAGGGUCCAAACAACUUUAAGUGAACUUGUUCUACAGUUACUGUAGGUCUGCCUCAUGUGUGGAGUUUUGUGUAUUUGCACUUGACAAUGAGACAUGUUUUCAGUGUACAUUGACUUUGAUAAAGUCACAGGGUUUAUACUGUUGUGACCUAUAGAACAGCAAAGUGAUCAAAUCAACUAAAAUGCUGAGAGAAAAUCAUUGCUAAGAGCACUCCAUUGUCCAAUGUCAUUCCAUCCUUCUCAGCUGUUCCCGAUAAAGUUUAAACACAGCAGAUAUUCCCAGUUUGUUGUCUAAUUUGU